AUGAUAUUUGUAAUUACGACGCAUACUUCGUUCAGAAAGUAUGAUGCUGUUGGGGUUUUGGGUCUUCUUCCAGAGCAAAAACUUACAACUGCUUUGCGGAUACUUGCUUAUGGGGCAUCUGCAGAGCAGGUGGAUGAGAUUGCGCGGAUGCGAAAAUCAACUAUCCUAGAGUGCUUGGUGAGAUUCUGUGAUGUAAUAGAAAAUCUCUACAAGGGGGAGUACCUUCGCAAACCUAUGACUAGGGACCUCCGAAGGCUUGUACAAAAAGCUAAGGCUCAAAGUUUGCCAAGAAUUAUUGGAAGCAUCGAUUGCGUGCACUGGCAGUGGAAGAAUUGCCCAACUGCUUGGCAAGGAGAUUAUGGGAAUCGAAAGGGCCAAAAAAUUAUAAUUCUAGAGGCCAUAGAUUCAUUCGACACUUGA